AUGUCCAUGGUCCGAAGAUCUAGUAUGGACAGGAUGUCCUCGAGCAUGACUUCAAGCAUGACUGGGAUGGGUUUGGGUGGAAUAACAGGACUUACUUCAGGGAUGAGUACUCUUAGUUGCAUGAGGGAACAACAGAUGACUAUCGGUGGGAUGCCAUCGAACUAUGUUCCGGGUCUCUCAGCGUAUUACAACAUCUCAAGCUUCUGCCACCGCCCGGGACAACCUCGUCGCUGGCCCAUGCAGAGAGCAGGACCUACAGCCCAACAUCGCCCAGGACGCUCCCACAGCACUGGCGAUCUUCAUCGCAUGAAACAUUCGUCAAGGAACAGCCCUAAUACACAGUACACCCAUAAUAUGAUCUGUAAAAUGGCAGAUCAAAAUGAACGUCGUCGUCGCCAAGAUACCUUGGACAUGAUUCCUCAGAGUUAUUACUCCCAACAACCAUUGAAGGUUGAACUUACUGAAUUUUACUCUCGUGACAAUUCAAAGGAUCAUCACACUGAACAAUAUGAUUUGGUGAACGACAAUAUUUUGCCUAAUCCUGUUUUGCGAAGAGGUCAGAACUUCUUCUUUGCUGUGCGCUUUGAUCGCACUUACGAUAAACAACAGGAUAUGAUCCGUAUGGUGUUCUGCUUUGGUCCCAAACCAAGUGUCACUAAAGGCACUCGGGUAGUGCUACCUGUAAACUGGAAUAUGCAGCAAGGUGUUUUCCAACAUUCUCGCGAUAUGAUGGGAAUGGGGAUGGGAAUGGGAAUGGGUAUGGGCAUGGGAAUGUCGCGCAUGCAAGAUAGUACCACUAAUAUGGGGACUAUGGGAUCUAUGGGUACCAUGGGCACUAUGGGAACUAUGGGUUCAAUGGGCCCUAUGAGUGGAAUGCGAGAAACUACUACGUAUGGCGCUCGCCGCAGUUCCUUCAGUAAUGAGCCUUUGCCCUUGCAACAUAGUCCUCUUAGCCCUCACGGUCCUAUGGAUAGACAAACAAUGAUGGAUCGCUAUGGAGGUACGGGCCAGCAUUCAUCGUUUAAUCGUGGUUAUGGGUCGCGUCAUGGUUCACGACAUGGCUCUAUGCAAAACUUGGCAUCUCUUGCACAUGACAUGGACCGUUGGGAUAUAAGCAUUCAACGACAAGAUGGAAAUACGAUAACUUUCCAAGUUCACGUACCGGCUACAGCUCCAGUUGGUGUAUGGAACUGUUGGGUGCAGACAAAUCGCUUUGGUCAACGUGACAAUCGCCACGACUACAAAUGUGAUGAGGAUGUUUAUAUUUUGUUCAACCCUUGGUGUAGAGAAGAUCCCGUUUACAUGGAUAAUGAGUCGUCCCGAAAGGAAUAUGUGCUCAAUGAGCAAGGAAAGAUUUGGUGUGGCACUUGGCGUCAACCCAAGGGACGGAAAUGGAUUUACGGCCAGUUCGAUGAUGUCGUUCUACCUGCUUGUAUGUAUCUAUUGGAGCGUAGUGGCUUGGAACAUUCAGAACGCGGUAAUCCAAUUCGAGUGUGCAGAGCCAUUUCAUCAAUGAUAAAUGCAAACCACGAUGACGAUGGACUGAUGGUAGGUCGUUAUGAUGGCGAGUAUAAAGACGGUGUAGCUCCUCACGCCUGGACAGGUUCUGUUGCCAUAUUAGAGCGAUACUUGACUGAUGGCGGCCGACCAGUCGAAUAUGGACAGUGUUGGGUAUUUUCUGGACUCGUUGUCACGAUCUGCAGAGCUUUGGGUAUCCCAUGCAGAUCGGUCACAAACUAUGUAUCUGCGCAUGAUACUAACAGAACCUUCACGGUUGACAAAUACUUCGACAGAGAUGGCAAUGAAGUGCCCAAUGGUCCCGAUGAAGACUGUUAUGAUUCUUGCUGGAACUUCCACGUUUGGAAUGAUGUUUGGAUGCAAAGACCAGACUUACCGCAAGGUUAUAGUGGCUGGCAGAUUAUCGAUUCCACACCUCAGGAGGAAGCCGAAGCGGUGUAUCAUUGUGGUCCAGCUAGUGUGGAAGCUGUACGGCGGGGAGAGGUUGGCUUCCAAUACGAUACACCCUUCAUGUAUUGUCAAUUGAACGCUGAACUGUGCCACUUCCAAGAAGAAGAGAACUCAGAAUGGGGCUUCAUUAGAAUGGCUUCUAAUCAGUAUCAAGUGGGCCGUAAAGUACUCACUAAAAAUCCUAACCGUGAUGAUGAUGAAGGCGAGAGUGACAUGUUGGAGAUUACACACGAGUAUAAAACUGUAGACAACUCAUCUCCUGAACGUUUAGCUGUUAUUGCUUCGUGCCGUGGAUAUCAACGGUUGCAGCAAUAUUACGAAUAUCCUGACCGCAAUUUCGAAGAUGUUUACUUCGAUCUUAUGGAUAUUGACCUUGUGCCUUAUGGACAGCCUUUCGAUUGCACUAUGAAUAUUCAGAACAAAUCGCACGAAGAUCGUACCAUCUGGUGUGUUCUGACAGCAUCGUCAUGCUAUUACACCGGUGCGAUUGCAUCUCGUUUACGAAGGGCUCAAGGCGAAUUCGUAGUCAGAGCGGGACAACGUGAAGUUCUCAAGCUGCAUGUAACACCUCAAGAAUAUAUGGAUAAGCUCGUUGAUCAUACCAUGAUCAAGGUGCACGCAAUGGCUUAUGUCAAGCAAACUCGUCAGGCCUGGUCAGAUGAGGAUGAUUUCCCGCUUCAUAAACCAAGGAUGCAAGUGCAGGUCAGAAGUCAACCAUGUGUCGGCCAAGAGUGCGCGGUGACAUUUAGCUUCCAGAAUCCAUUGAGCGUGCAUUUGACCGAUUGUUACUUCACCUUCGAAGGACCUGGAGUACAGAGACCACGACAGAUAAGGUUCAGAGAUGUGAAGCCGGGUGAGUUUGUGAACUACCAGGAUAAGUUCGUGCCACGGCGACAUGGCGAGCGACGCAUAGUUGUGACCUUCUCGUCACGCCAGCUCGACGAGAUCUUUGGCUCCACUACAGUGAAUGUGCGCGGCUAGCUAGCCCCCGGGCCCCGGGCGCCUUCCCCACGCGCUUCACCGGGCCCAACCUCACCAGCCGCAUUACAGAUGGACCGCUCCUAUGUGUCAUAUGUAGCACCGGAACAAAAUGUGUAUGUUCAAGAAGAGGAAGUUGUCAUUUUAAAGACCAUUUAAGGCAUAAGCGCAACAAACUAUGACAUUGGGUACAUUUUGUUAAAUGUGCAAAUAUUUAGUUAAAUAAUAAUUAUUAUCUUGAUUUUUUACAACGACAUGGCAUGGAAAUAACGUUAUUAUUGUUAUAAAUACAUAUAGUUUUUUUUUGAGUGAGUGUCACUAAUAAGCACGAAGCAAUAGAAAAAACAGAAAAAAAAAAUAUUUCACAUUUUAUUUCACAGGGUGUUUUUUUUUGUGUGGAUAAAUAAUUAAUUUUUCUUAUUUUUAGCAUGAAUGAAACCGAUGCCUCAAGUGCCAUUUACGUAUGUUUAAGUAACAUAAGUUAUAUAGGAAUAAGUUAUUUCUGAAUUUUGCAUUAUUUACUUAGGUAUAAGUAUACUCAUAAAAAAUAAUUUAAGUGCAAAUAAAAAGACAAAAAUAUUUAUCUAACUAUAUAUUUAACAAAUUUACUAGUAUUGUUUGUUUGUGUGUUUUUGGGAUCUCAAAAAUAAUAAAAGCAUUCACUGCAUCGUAUGAAUUUUAUUUUCUUGUAAUUUCAUUUAGGUGAUUGCCCCAGGCUUUUUAAGCAUUUUUCAUUAAAAUUAUUAUUCAGUAUAGUAUUUUAAAAGCAAAAUUGAUAAAAAAAAUCGUUUAAAAAAACUUUGGAAUAAAUGCACCAUUUUUUUACUUUUUUUUUUAAACGAUUUCUAAAUC